UCCGAUCGCCCAGGACGUACACGUACUGUUACUGAGGCUUAUAAUAUUUUCGUCCGGCAAUAAACAUAAAUACGACCCACACCCUCCCCUUUGUGCUUUGACUAUCAUUACGCAUCCCAAAUAUCGAGACAACUGUCUAACCAGCAACAUGACUACAACAAUAACCCCCGACUAUCUCGUCAUCGGCGCUGGAGCCAUGGGAAUGGCCUUUGUUGAUACUCUGAUCACAGACACAAACGCUACAAUAGCGAUAGUCGAUCGCUAUGCUCGACCGGGAGGCCAUUGGACCAUUGCUUAUUCUCAUGUCACUCUUCAUCAACCAUCUGCUUUCUACGGCGUCAACUCUCAAAAAUUCCCGGGCGAGAGAAACAUCGACAAGAUUGGCGGGAACAAGGGCUUGUCCGAGUUGGCAACGGGAGACGAAGUCCGUUCCUAUUUCAGUAGGGUCAUGCAGCAGACGUUUCUUCCAACUGGACGAGUCGAAUACUAUCCUUCGCAUGAAUACGUUGGCGAGGGGGAAUUCCGAUCUAUUAUCACACAACAAGAAGCCAUCCGAGUUGGGCCAGACACACGUAUUGUGGAUGCCACAUUCAUGAAAGUCGAGGUACCCGCCAUGAGACCACCCCCUUAUGAAGUAGCAGAAGGUGUCCAUCUGACUACACCUAACGGACUGGUUGCUCUCUCUCGACCUUACGGCGGUUACACCGUAGUUGGAGCUGGAAAAACUGGAAUUGACGCUUGUCUUUGGCUACUAUCAAGCGGAAUCGACCCCAAAGACAUCUCCUGGAUUAUGCCCCGUGACUCAUGGUGCAUAGAUCGCAGUACUAUCCAACCUUCAUGGUCUCCAGCGAGUAAUUCCCAGAUGUUUAACGCAGAAGGCGAAGCAAUCGUGAAUGCCUCAUCUCUAGAGGAUUUAUUCUACCGGCUCGAGGCCAGUGGAAAGGCGAUGCGCAUUGACAAGAACAUUUGGCCCACCAUGUACAAGUGUGCCACCGUCUCAGGUCCCGAGCUUCGUGAACUCCAAAGAGUUGGGAACAUUAUACGUCAGGGGCGGGUCUUAAGCAUUACCACAAGUGAAGUUGCACUAGAAGGUUGCAAGUACACACCAACGCCUGACACGCUUUACAUCGAUUGUAGUGCCGAUGGGUUAGCAAGGCUCAAACCCGUACCAGUCUUCGAUGGAAAGCGCAUCACAUUGCAGUCAGUGCGCUUCUGUCAACAAGUGUUCAGUGCCGCUUUCAUUGGCCACAUCGAAGCUACUUAUGACAACGAUGAGGUGAAGAAUGCACUUUGUACGGUUGUACCACACCCAGACGAAACCCAAGAUUACCUCGGUAUGACUCUUCAAACUUAUCUUAAUGCACAGAAAUGGCACGCGGAGCCAAAAACGCACGCUUGGUUAUCGCAAGCUCGUCUAGACAUAACGACUGCACAAAGGUCUUCAGACCCCGUUGAAGCCGCAAAAGCUGCGGCUGCUCUGCCGGCGUACAUACAAGCCGUGUGCCACAAGUUGAGACGUCUUCUGGAUGCUGAACAAGCAAAACUAGCCACCAAGGUCUAGGAAUAGGAUAACUUUGUUGAUAGUAGCUAAGACGAGUUAAUAAUUACUCCAAAUAUUUAGUUUUGCGCGAAAGCCAUGUCAGUCAGCAAGAACAAUCAAGUUCGAAUUAGAAAAAUAGAAGUAGAA